UGCCGGUUGAUUGGAAUGUUCAUUACUACUCUAUAUCCCAUACAGCCCUGUGUACUAUAAACAGAAAUAAUUUAUGUAAAGCACUCGUAGCUAGUCGAACGUGUCGCACGCCAGAAAUAAUCGAAGGCUGUUGUGUUUUCUGUGAUAAUGGCCAGGUAAGAAUUACAAUGACCUAGAUUCACCUGGGGAAGAACACGCAGUACUAUUGGUAUUGGUAGAGUGGCUGGUGCCAGCGCUUUUGACCUGUGUAAUAAUACUCAAAACGUCUUCUCGUGUUUCAAAUUCCUUCGCUUUGGAUGCCACUUGAUGCCACACUGAUGCCACGCUGUACGAAAAGAGUGGUUUAUCAUCUGCAAUAGGAAUGUUUUGAUAGACGGAUGCUGAUAGUGAAAGAUGGGCCAUAAAGUCAGCCGCCAUAAAAGUUACGCGGUAUGCCGAGUCGACGGGACUUCCCGGGCAGUACAGAGUGAUUCGGCAAAGCGACGUUUAUGGCUCCCAGCCGAAUACAAAUUCAAAUAACCAUGGAAACGGUGGAAGUCACCAGAGUCAUAACCUUGGAGUGACUGCAGAUCGGAAGUACGUAACGUCUAUAAAUGAUAUAGGAAGUAAGGGCAUCCGGACACAUCAACAUCAAGCAGAAAUCACCCAAAGCGAGGCUUUAACUGCUAAAGGUAAACCUAAACCAAAAGCAAGAAAAAAGAAAGAUAUAAAUUCGAAUGAAAAAGCAAAUGGAGAUUUAUCUAAACACGAGCAGCCGCACCCAACAAAACGUAAAGAUUCACCAAAAAGGGAUACAGUUAUAAGGAAAUCGAAUGGGUCCAUUAUUCAUGAGAACUCCACAUUAAAGCAGGGAUAUUCGCAAAAUGGACAUGAUUCACGAAGUAAUGGGACUUCGACUCAGGAACGACCACAGAGAGUUUUACCACGUGCAAGUCCUUCAGAAAGAGACGAAAGUAAACCCAAGGUUACACCACGUGCAACUUCUGCGUCAACAGGCGAACGUAAACAAAGAAAUAUCGUACUUUCUAAUUAUAUGGAAGGUGAUACACACAAUGAAGUAAUUAAUCCGAUAUCCUACCAACAACCUCCUGCAUUAUCUACCCCUGCAUUAUCUACACCUAUUGUUGAUCCGAAAUCGCGCGAUGAUGAACCAAUUCCAGUUUCAAAUGUCGACGAAUUGAAAAUCGUCCCAUCCGAGAAAAAACCUUACCUCGAUAUCGAUACAUCAAAUUCUAAACUUAAUGGUGAGUCGACAACUCCUAAAGCCUGCAAUGACGCAGACAUUGUUACGUCACAUAUAAUCGAGACUGUAACACCACAAAGCAGCAGUUCAAACAGUGUAGCAAAGGACUGUGAAAAAGGUCAUCAUACACUAGUCAGUGUUGUCGUACAUCAGCCGUUCACAAAACCGGAACCAAGUGCCGUACCGGUGGUGGUUCUGAAUGGUGACAAAGAGUGUCUCUCCGAUCAUGAGGAGAUAAAACAAGAAGACCAGAUUAUGUUGGAUGAUGAACCGGUUAAUGUCGCUAUGUUUGAACGUGCGAGCAGCGUGAGGAGUUCACAAAUCAAGAAAUCUGUAGCAUUUUCUGACGAUUGUGUGGAUAUCGAACACGACCUGAGUCGAAGUUAUUCAAGAAAUGGAUUUCACAAGAAAAUGGACACAGUAUACGGAACUGCAUUGAGGCAUAAUGAUGGAGAUAAAUGGGUUACUCUCGACGGCAGGGACGCCACAGAUUUUGCACCUAUUCAGCGUCAAAAAGUUCCAGGACAAAGCAUAUUGAAAAAAUCAAAAUAUCCAUUAAAUGAAGUUCCUACGCUAGAUUUAACAGAAUCUUUGGACAAAAGUUCAAAUGUUAAAGCAAUAUUAAACAAUAGGAAAUCUGAUGUUGAUUGGGACCAUAUUGAGGACCAUUCGAAUCCCUACCCUCACGGCAUGGUGCCAGUUCCAGCCACUAGUGGUCGGAUGAAAGGAUAUCAUCGACCUGAAAACGCAGAAAUGUCUCGUAUUAAAGCAUCUAAUGGUACGCUGGCGGAUUAUAUCAAACAAAAGUCGGUAAACUCUCAUCAAGCACCGAAACAAGUUCAUUCAAAUUCAAACUCGAACGGUGUGACCCAGAAUAAAAUUACACAGAAUGGCGGGUCAAGGCCACAGUCAUCACGUGGUCACGGGGGUGAUAUGUCUCCAAGGUUUAUGACAAGUCCGAGGUCAUCCUCGGCCGAUCCGAGAAGUCGAGCUUUGUCCCCUUCCCGUGUUGAUACAAGGGGGCGUGUCGUGUUACACGAUGGACAGUCGCGGAAGGUUGUUAACGGUUAUGUGGUUGACCCAGCUGUUCAUUUCAUACAUAGCCCACGUGGCCAGGAAACUGCCAUUAUAGAUACUAGAUCUAAAAAUAGACAUGCACACCCUUCACAAAAACAAAAUGUUAAGCUUGUGAUCAGUUCAGGGAUGCAGAAACCAUCCAAGAAAACACAGCAUAAACAUAUUAUGGAACAACCAAAACAACAUCGCAACAUGGUCCGACAGCAGUGGAUGGUGGGCAACCUGUGAUUAAAUUAGAGCUGGUUGACGUCAUCUUCUGACAAAUUGAAUAACAGAGUUGUGUUUAUGUUCUGUUAUAUGCUCUGUGACAUGAUGUACACGUACAUUGUAUAUAUGGAUCGUAAUAAUAACAUAAUUAUCGAGCAAAACAUUGGCAUGGUCUUUGAGACUUUCACUAUUUUAACGACAAGAGCAAUUAUGAUUUCAAAGCGUAGCUAGAAUAUGCGAAAUUCUAAAACUAUUACCAAUUUCAGCAUUAUGUUUGUAUCUGGUAUUUCAGAAGAUUUUCCGUGUAGUAUAUGAGUCAUCGCUGUUGUUUUAUCCAACAUAACAAUGGUCACAUUACGAAUACAUGCAACUGUAAUUGGGAGUAAAUCUGGGGUUUAACAGUUUAUUUUUUAUGAUUUAAUUGAUAUGAAUUGUAUUAUUGCAUGAAUAACAUACGAACUCUAUAGACAAACAGAUAACUAGUGAAAUGAAUAGUAAUACGAAUCUACAAAAUUAAGAAAAUAGAUAUCGCAUUUUAGUGUGAAUAUUGUAACAAUCCAAUAUGAAUGGUGCAUGGGCUAUGGACAGAUAGUAUAUAACGAUUCAUAAGAUUCUAUGUCAAAUUUUGUUUUAGUACAGUAUUAAUAUAAUUGAAUUUGAAUUUUUGAUCGACCCGUGCAAAUUCUGUAAAUAUCUCGUCUUAUAUAUGAAAGAAGGUUUUAUAAUACAAUAUCAAUAAUACUUUACAUUAAUAUUGUAUACUUAUAAUACCUAAUCACAGAAUAUGUAUAAGCAAACAAGAGAUACAUCACAUUCAAUGACAAUGAGAUACAUGUGUUCAUGUAAUAAAGGGGAGCAAUGGAAAUUAUCCUGCUCGCGCUGAGCCUCGAGCUAGCGCUGUAGCAUCCUCUAUACGCCAGUGGAAGGUAUCAGUAUUUCAUGGAAAUAUUGAAGGCUCAGUAACCGCCAUCGUACGGAUAAAGAGACAUGUUUGGUCCUUUCAUGUACUUCAAAGGGAUCUCGAGGUCGCCAACCUCUUGGUUUUCGCUCGUCUGUAAUUUUCAAAAGGAAAUGCAUCAGCUUAACGAUUGGUCAGAUUUGUUUCCCCAACACCAAUCAAAUAGCUUGUCGUGUGGCUUCGAUUGUGUCGUGAAAUAUUCCAUGGCACAGGUGUGAAAAUACACAAAAACUAUAAGUACAAAGGGUCCUCGUAUAUAUUUGUUAUUAUUAAUUUAACUAGUAGUUUGAAAGAUACUAAGACAGUGCCAUUGUUCUGUUUCGAUUUGCAUUGUAUAUAAAUAUUGAUUUCUCGGUAUAUCGUACAUAGAUAUUGUGUUCUGCUGGUCCUGUAUUGAAGUGAGGCCACGUGAAUUGUGAUAUGUAUGAUAUUUGUUUAAUGUGUUAUCAAACAUCCUCUAUCAUGCGAUGGUUGUUAAGCCACAUUUAUUUUACUGUGAUAGCGAUCUGUGAUAUAUUAAUAUAAAUAAUGUUUAUUUUUUUCAAGGAGGGAAAAACGUAGAUGUUGGUUAAUGUAGAAAGUUUAAUGUUAAGAAUUAGUAUAACAAAAGAAUAUUAUUACUGUAUCAUUGUCUGUUCAAGGAACAAAGUUGAAUUUUACACGAUAGGAAAUUGCAACGUUUGAAGAUUGUUUGUUUAUCUGUGUUGCAAAUUCAUGUACUGUGUUUUCAUUACGCUUUACUACUAUAUUGUCAUUUUAUGGUGCAAAUGAGGAUGACACCUUUCGUUUGAGAAAAGAUAAUGACAAAAUUAGUAGAUGCAUGUGACUUUUUUAACAGCU